GUUUAUUUCUGGCUCUCGUGCAAAGCGCAACGUAUAGCGGACAUAUCGCAUAUAAACCCCAAAGAUCGAGCGUGCAAAUAAAGCGACGAAAACGAGUUUCGCAAAAGAGCAGAAGCAGAGCCGAGCCAAGCGGCCAUAUUCCAUAUCGAAUAACCGACCAAUAAAGUGUUACUUGGCUAAAUCCAACUAGCUCCGUUGCAGCGACGCGGUGGCCUAUAUUCAAAAUAGAUCAGAGAUCGUCGGCAGCUGCAUCACAAAGGCUGGAGGAGAUGAGGCGGCGAUGAGGAGAGGACAUCGCCAUGUGAGAAGAGCCAAACUAGUUUCCCAUUUGCGCGCUUAUGCUAAGUAAUAAUAAUAAAUAAGCGCUCAGUCGUUGUUCGCCGUUCGAGAAGUGACCUAAAAAUACUGGUUUCGAGUGCGGUUUGGCGUGAGAAUAGCAACGACUAACUGGCAAUGGCCACAACCGCCGGAUCGCCAGCCGUGGUGGUGAAGCGGCCCGGACCGCCAGUGCCACCCAGGCCCAAAGCAGCCCAAACCCAAUCGGCGGCCAAUGGAGCCCCACCGAUCAUCCAGAAGAAGCCCACCUUCGUGAGCCAACUGAGUGCCGUGGGUCGCACUCUGGUCUACAAAUCUCCGACUGUAAAUCUGGCCAAGAAACAGGCCCAAACCCAGACGCCCACGACGGCGCUAGUAGCUCCUCCUCCUCCGGUUAAGCCCCUUAAACUGCGUAAGGCCCCCGAUGUGCCAACUGCCAAACCGCGGGAGGCUAUUACCUCAGUGGUCACGGUCAAUCGUCACAACUCGAUAAGCGUGAUCGGGGGUUCCCCGCAAACCACGCCCCGCAAGGACACCCGCUUGAGCCUGGGCAAGGUGGAUUUCGAGCGGGCGGGUCUUCAGCCGGCCAGCCAGCCUCUACCCAGACCCCGCAAGAUAGUCCAACUGCCCGUGGCCACUCUGGAUGUGGAGGAUAUACCAGUGGCAGCCAGCAACCCAUCUACUGGCCUCUUCAGAAGAUCCAAAACCACACUAGAUGGCUGUCAGAAGGAGGCGGCACCAGCUCCACACAAUGGAGGAUUCCUGGCCGGCCGAACUGUGGAGAUCAAGAACAAUCUGAAGAACGCCGCAGAGCGACUCUUCUCGGAAAUAAUCAUCAAUCAGGGCCAGAAGCAGACCGCCACCGAUACCACCAUUAUAACCAAGCACGAGGCCUUGAAGCAGGAGUCCGAUGUUCUGACCAUCCAGGCCACGGGCAACUGCAUGAGGAUCAAUGUGAGUGGGGGCCAGGGCCAGACCAGCACCAUGAAGAGCUCGAUCAGCGUGGGCAACACGCCGCAGAAGAAGCAGGCCUUCCACGAGAUGCUCAUCUCGGAGCUGGCUGCCAUGAGGAACAAGUCCUGUUCCCUGGAGCAGCUGCCCACCAGCAAAUCCCUUUCGCCACCGAUAACAUCCACUCCUAAGAGUGUUCUAUCGCGCCGGCGUUAUAACUCCAUCGAUGAUGCCGACACCGAGGACGUGGAUGCGGACAAUGUGGAGGAUGCCGAUGGGGAUGUCGACGAGGAGGAUACACUAACCUAUGCGGUGAAUAAAUCGCUAAAGGAGAACGCCGGCCAGGAGGGUGUGUCCUUGAGGAAGCGCUGUCCAUCGGGCUGCUCCACGGAUUCAUCGCCCUACGGCACGGAGCGAUCCCAACGCAUCCGCACCUCGGAUUGGAUCGAGGUGGGCGACAAUGGCACCGCGGUGACUCUGACCAGCUGCCACAUCAGCCUCGAGGAUUCGGGCAUGGAGGAUGAGGAGCGGCUGGACGACAUGUCCUCGGGAGUGGGCGACAGUUGGGACAGCGUCAAGGAAGCGGAGACCGAGAAGCGUUCUCGCAAUGGAAAACGUGGAAAUUCGGCUUGCGAGCUGCCACCGCUGCCAAAAUCGCUGAUUGGCUUCAAUAAACUACUGUGCUCCGAUUCGGGACUCCUGAGUGAUGUGGAGGGAAAUGCCAACAGCAGUGAGAUCAGCCAAAAACCAAACGAAAGUGUCGUCCAGGACAGCAAUGAGAAUGCCAUCGACAAGUCACUGCCCGCAUCGCCGAACGGAAAUACGGCAAUACCAGCAAUAGCGGCGAAAUCCGAAGCGAAAUCCCCCAGCUUAUCCGCCAAAGGAAACCCCCAAGCAGUCGAAGCAGGCAGCACUCUGGAUGCACAAAUUGCGACGCUGCGGAAGGAAAUGAACGGACUGCGUCAACUAGAUCUCUCGUUGUUGUCACAACUGUGGGUGCUUAACGAAUCGAUCCAGGAGUUCCGCGCCCUGAUCGAGGAUCAGGAGAACGAGGACGAGGACGACGAGGUGGACAAUGGCAACGAGGUGGACGAGGAGGGCAACAGCCGGAUAUCCUCGUCCGUGGAAUCGGUGCGGUACGAGGGCGGUGCGGAUGCCAGGGCGAAGCAUCUGGGAACCAUACCAAAGGUCAUCACGACACAGCCGAAGGUGCUGCGGGAUACGCUGGCCAGUGGCAAGGACCAGAAGCCGGUGCCCAGGAUGCGGAGUGCCCCGCCGCCGCCACCACCCGUUGUCCUGCAGUCCGCCUCCGUGGAGCGAAAGCCGCCGGCACCUUCACGGCCCACAUGAUGUUACCU